AUGAUUCAAACAAAAGACAAGUAAGAAGAUGAAAAAUUUUCAAACUUAAACUAUAGGAGUAGAGAAUCUACAUGCUAAAUUGAUUCUAACCAAGUUUGUAUACAGAAUUCUGAUGUAGAAGGAGAUUUAAAAGUUAUAAAAAUUGAAGCCUAUCAACUCUCUAAAUUUAAAGUAUUUAUUAGUAUUGCAAUAACUCUACUCUCAUGCCUAACAUUUGGUAUUCUGUUAAAAAACUCUAUAAAAGUAAGGCUAAGAUGUAUUUUUAACAAGAGCUCAGUGAAUAAAGCAACUCAUUUUCUAAUCACUAACUAAGAUGGAUAUCAACAAAUAGUUAAUAGAAUUAAAACAAAAGACAAAAAUAAAAUAUUAUUUAUUAAUCGCCAUAUGAAAUACCAAUAUUUUGACGAUUUUAAUAAGAAGUCAUUCUAUCCUGUUUAUUAUCAUCAGUUAGAAAAACAAUCUUUAAGAGAUAUUAAAUCAAUUCAUGCUGAAGGUCUAAAUGAUCAUAAAGUAGAAGCUCACUUAGAAAAAUAUGGAAACUGCGAAAUUCAUAUCCCUUUACCUAGUCUUAUUGAGUACUUAUUUGAUAAUCUUACAAGUGUUUUUUUUAUUUUUCAAUAUAUUUCAAUGAUCUUAUGGACUUUGGAAGGUUAUUUAUAAUUUGCUAUCCUGAUGAUAAGUGUCUCUGUAUUUAUCACUCUCAUUAAUUACUACUUACUUAAAGCAAGCUUAAAUAAGUUGAAGAAAUUCGCUAAGAUAGACUUAAAUGUGUAAGUCAUUAGAAAUGGAGUUCAAUAGACUAUAGACUGCAUAGAUUUGCUUCCUGGAGAUCUGUUCUUAUUCUAGAAUAAUAUGCUUAUGCCUUGUGAUUCCCUCCUUCUGAGUGGCGAUGCUUUAGUAAAUGAAAGUUCACUAACAGGAGAAUCAAUUCCAAUACCAAAAAUCAGCAUUUUAUAGAACUAGCAAUAGGAUGACUUAUUCAAUAUGGAAACUAUGAAAAACCAUAUAUUAUAUGAAGGGACUAAAGUUAUUUAAAUUAAAGGUAAUUAGGUUUACGGAAUUGUUUUGAGAACAGGAUACACUUCUUUUAGAGGUUAGAUUUUUAGAUCCAUGCUUUAUCCUAAGCACAUUUCCUUUAAGUUUUACACAAAUGCCACUUACUUCUUAUUAUUAAUGAUUGUUAUGGGUGUUACUACUUAUUUUGUUGAGCUUUACUUUAUUAUUAAAAUAGAAUUACCAACACUACUUAUUGUAUACAGAUUUUUUGAUACUGUUACUUGGAUGAUACCAGCCCCACUUCCUAUAUUUUUUAGUAUUUGCUAAACUAUUUCUUUAAUACGUUUAGGUAUAAAGAAAGUUCUUGCCACUGAUCCUGCAAAAAUUGUUGUUGCUGGUGAUGUUUCUAUUAUGUGUUUUGAUAAAACUGGCACAUUAACAAAAGAUUAAAUGGAAUUAUAUGGAUAUUGUGACUACACAUGCAAGAAAAUAAAAGAAUCGUUAAUAGUUGAAAGUAAAUAAGAAGAAUUGUUACAUAAAUUCUUUGGUUCUUGCCAUGGAGUUUAUCUAGUAAAUGGAGUAAAUUUAGGUGAUGAAUUAGAUAUAAGAAUGCUUGAGUUUUCUUAGUUUGAAAUAUUACCUGAUGAAUCUACAGAGUUCAAAUUUAGAGUUUAAAGAAAAAUUGAUAAUUGCAUUUUAAAUAUUUGCAAAGUUUGGGAAUUUGAAAGCUCCCUUUAAAGAAUGACUGUAAUAAUGCAUGAUGAAUAAGCAUAGAAAUUUUAUGGAAUAGUCAAAGGCUCUCCUGAAAAGAUGUUUGAAAUGUGUAAUAAAGAUAGUGUUGAUGAAAAAAAUUAUAAUAAAAUACUAAAUGAAUUAACUAAUAAAGGAUUGAGAGUAAUUGCUGUUGGUUACAAAGAAAUUUAAAGUAAAGAUGCUUUAAGAGAAGAGGUUGAAAAAGAUAUAUAAUUUGCUGGAUUAUUUGUUCUUAAAAAUAAGUUAAAAGUAGACACAGCUGAUGUAAUUUAGUAAUUGCAAAAUGGUAACAUUCUAUGUAAAAUAAUUUCAGGAGAUAAUCUUUUGACAACAGUUUAAUGUGCAAAGGAAGCUCGCAUUUUAUCGAAUGAAUCAUCUAAUGUAUUAAUUUUUAACUCAAUGAGUGAUUGCUAUGUUUAAAAUAGUUAAGAAAAAAUUGAUCCUUUAAACAUCCUUUCUUCCUAAGAAUGUAAAAAGUAUUAAAUAGGUUUGACUGGAAAAUUCCUUGAAGAAAUAUAAACUCAUUUAUAAAACGGAAAAAGCAUUAUUGAACAACAGAUUCUGAAGAAUCUUUUAAUUUAAACAUCAGUAUUUUCAAGAUGUAAACCAAAAUAAAAAGCUGAAAUCAUUUAUAUGCUCUAAUCUGUUUUGAAUGAAAAAAUCGGUAUGAUUGGUGAUGGUGCUAAUGACUGCUCUGCUAUCAAGCAAUCUGAUAUGGGAAUCUCAUUUACGAAAACGGAUGCUUCUUACUCUUCUCCUUUCUCUUAUUCUGAAACUAGUUUAGAUUGUGUAAUCAAAAUUUUAGCAGAAGGCAGAUGCACUUUAAGUAAUAUGAUUGAGUGCUAUAAAUUUAAUUUAGCAUUAAAUUGGGUGAAAUUUAUGUCAGCUUCGAUUUUAAUUUUGGAGCUUAGUUUUUUAUCUGACAUUCAAGUUAUUUUCACUAAUUAUUUUGAGUAUAUCCCUUUACUAGCAUUUAUCUCCUUAAGUAAGCCUAUAUAGAUAUUGGCACCUUACAGAACAAUAUCGAAUAUGAUGGCAUAAUUGGAUUAACUGUUAUCAACUUAUGCUAAUUUUUGA